GUGAAACAUAAGAAGAACCCAUCGGUGUUCCACAAAGCACAAACGGCUGAGUGGGCAGGAGCCGAAGUGAAAGCAGUGUGCAUCAUUUUACGAAAACUAAAACCUCCCUUGUAGCCAUCGAUUAAUUUCAAGGUCAUGGACUGAUGAGGAAGUCUCUUUCUUUUAAUGCUUCCAAAUGGAGGGGAGUCACUGCAUAUUCACAUACAGAUUCUCUCAAUUUCUUAUGAUGGGCUUCUCUCAUAGAUAUGAAGAGGUGUGCCAUCUCUUCCUUUAGCCCUUUUUUGAAACUAACUUAUCAUCCUGAAGGAAUUACUUCAAGUUGUUUGCAAUUCUCUUUCUUUAGAAGAUGUUUGAGCCAAAGGUUAUCUGCCUCUGGCUCACCAAACACUAGACCUUUACCAGAUUAUUCCCCAAAGAAACCCACCAUCAGAGAUGCUGAAUUUGUCCAUCAGAUUUCUACUGCUGUAAAGUUGCGCCGCUUUGAGCCUCUUCGACGCAUUUUAAAGCCUUACGAAUCCAAGUUCAGACCUGACCAUGUUAUUUGGGUUCUUAUGAACAUUAGGAGUGAUUACAAACUGGUUUUGGAUUUCUUUGAUUGGGCAUGCCUACGCAAAGACCCUAACCUAGAAGUUCGUUGUAUCGUUAUUCAACUCGCUGUAGCUUCGAAAGAUCUGAAAACAGCUCAUUGGCUUAUUCAUGAAUUUUGGGCAAAACCCAAUUUGGAUGUUAGUCUUUCAUUCACCCAUUUUGUUGAGCGUUUAAUUUAUACUUACAAGGACUGGGGUUCAAAUCCCCAUGUGUUUGAUGUUUUCUUCCAAGUCCUUGUUGAAGUCAGAUUAUUAAAUGAGGCAAGAAAACUUUUUGACAAAAUGUUGAAUUAUGGGUUGGCUAUCUCCAUCGGUUCAUGUAACUUAUACCUUGCUCGUCUAUCAGACAGUUAUGAUGGGCUUGGGGUGGCAAUCAGGAUUUUUAGUGAAUUCCCUGAAGUGGGUGUUUGUUGGAAUACUUCUUCUUACAAUAUUAUCAUUCAUUGUCUUUGCCGAUUAGGGAAAAUAAAAGAAGCACACAUUUUACUCUUGAAAAUGGAGUUAAAGGGGUGCCUUCCUGAUGUCAUAAGUUAUAGUACUGUAAUCAACGGAUACUGUCAUCUUGGUGAACUACAAAGGGUAUUGAAACUCACAGAGGAAAUGCAAAUAAAAGGAUUGAAGCCAAACAAAUAUACCUACAAUAGCAUAAUUUUUCUUCUAUGUAAGUCUGGUAAAUUAGUGGAAGCAGAGACUGUGUUGAGAGAGAUGAUGAACCAGGGAAUAGUUCCCGAUAAUGUGAUUUAUACAACUCUCAUUGAUGGUUUCUGUAAGUUAGGGAAUGUUGCAGCUGCCUGUAAGGUGUUUGACGAAAUGCAGGGUCUGAAAAUAAUUCCUGAUUUAUUAGCAUAUACUGCUAUUAUUUGUGGGUUUUGUCAAAUUGGGAAGAUGAUGGAAGCAGAUAAACUCUUCCAUGAAUUGCUUGACAGAGGGUUGGAACCUGAUGAAGUUACAUAUACAGCACUUAUUGAUGGUUAUUGCAAAGCAGGUGAUAUCAAAAAGGCAUUUUCUAUACACAACCAUAUGGUUCAGGUGGGACUAACCCCAAAUAUCGUCACAUACACUGCUCUGGUUGAUGGCCUCUGUAAACAAGGAGAGGUAGAUACCGCAAACGAGCUUCUUCAUGAGAUGUGCAGAAAGGGCCUUCAACUGAAUAUCUGCACUUACAAUGCAAUUGUUAAUGGUCUUUGUAAAGCAGGAAAUAUUGUGCAAGCUAUAAAGCUAGUGGAAGAUAUGAAAGUUGUGGGGUUGCAUCCUGAUACUAUUACAUAUACUACUCUAAUGGAUGCUUAUUGUAAGAGAGGGGAGAUGGUUAAGUCUCAUGAGCUCCUGCGGGAGAUGCUGGAUAAAGGGCUUCAACCUACUGUUGUUACAUUUAAUGUGCUGAUGAAUGGUUUCUGUAUAGCUGGAAUGCUUGAAGAUGGUGAGAGGCUAUUAAAAUGGAUGUUGGAGAAGGGUAUAAUGCCGAAUGCAACCACCUACAAUGCUCUGAUGAAACAAUACUGCAUUAGGAAUAAUAUGCGUGUCACAACUGCAAUUUACAAAGAUAUGUGUGCUCAAGGAAUCAGUCCAGAUAGCAACACCUAUAACAUUUUAGUUAGAGGGCAUUCUAAAGCAAGAAAUAUGAAAGAGGCGUGGUUUUUGCAUAGAGAAAUGGUAGACAAGGGAUUUAAUCUCUCAACUACGGCCUACAGUGCUUUAAUCAAGGGCUUUCUUAAGAGGAAGAAAUUUUUGGAGGCAAGGGAACUAUUUGAAGAAAUGAGAAGGAGAGGGUUGGUGGCUGAUAGAGAAAUUUACAACUCUUUUGUUGAUAUAAAUUUUGAAGAGGGGCACAUGGAAACCACUCUUGAGCUUUGUGAUGAAGCAAUUGAAUGGUUUCUUGUGAAUAUGCCAAGUAAAGAAAACAAAUAGAUGGAUAUUGUUUUCUGCUGUGUGAACUACUGUGGAGUGUAUGCCAAUCUUGGUUCACAAAGGCUUGUAUGAUCCCAUGACAUUCACCGGAUCUUGGAAUCAAGGUUGAGGUGUAGUGCAAACCAACCAAUAAUCAACUCGAUUAUAACACAUGCUCAGACACACACUUUACUGACCCACUAACAACUUAGUUUUAAGCUUCAAUAUAGUGAUCAACAGGCAUGUGACACAGCUGUCCGCAUUCGACAUGGAUUGCAGGAUAAACGAUGCUGAUGUACAAAACUAGCUGAUCGUGCAACUUCAGUGGUAAGUGUCAAAUUUUCUGGCGAACUUCAAAGAGCUUGGUGCCAAAUUAGAUGAAGAAUAGUCGAUGGCAUAUGGCUUGAAGAAAGCAAAAUAUAUGUCAAGGCGUUACCAGAGUAAAAUUGAUGUACAGCAAUGCCAGAGCAAAUUAUAUCGACCUAGUUGAUUGGGACCAGAUGUAGUGGGAGAAUGAUUGACAGUUGAAACCACCUUACAUGAAUAAUUACUGAUUUUGAACUCCAGUGGAUCAAAUAUGAGACUAGUGUAUUACACUAUUUUUUCAGUGUUGUAAUAAGGGUUUACUCGAUCUCCAUCUAAGGAAAUAAAUUCCCCUAUAAAUUCAUGUAUGAUAUAUUGCUUGGUCUUUAUAAUUUAAAAACAUGAUGGAUUUGUAAUUGGAGAUGAUCGUAGUUUUAUUGCAGGAAAGGAAAUGUGAGAGUAGUUAUAUCUGGA